UCUGGAAGUCAAAAGGAAAGAAGGGGGGAAAAAAAACAAAGAGCAGUACUGGAUCUUGAGAUGCCUCAGACGCCUUCAACAAGGUGGUGCCCGACACCGGAGCAGCUGAUGAUUCUGGAGGAGAUGUACAGGAGUGGGGUGAGAACCCCAAAUGCCUCCCAAAUACAACAGAUAACUGCGCACCUCUCCCUCUACGGCAAGAUUGAGGGCAAGAAUGUGUUCUACUGGUUCCAGAAUCAUAAGGCCCGGGAACGACAGAAGCUCCGCCGCCGACUCGGCCGGCAACCACAGAUGCUCCCACAGUCCGAAGGCUCUACUACCCCAGCGCUUCAAAUUCAGAAUCCAACUAAUGCCCAGGGAUGUUUCCAAGAGUCGACGCCACAAGGGAUGAAUCUGGUGGGCAAGUUGGAGGCAGCACAGGGAUACCUAGCAGAGGAAGGAGAAGAGCUGGCAUAUAAUUAUAUGUCGGCCGGCAGCUGUUCGUCGGCCGGAAUGUCAUGCUGCAAGCCGCCUCUGAAAACGCUGGAUCUGUUCCCUACCAAGAGCACGGGCAUGAAGGAUGAGUGCAGCUCCUCCAAGUCCUCAUCCUGCUCCACCUCCACCAACUAAGAAGUGCUAUUAUAUAUAUAUUAUAUUACUUUGUUUACUUUAACUAUUCUUCUUCAGUUAAUCGUCUCUUCUUGUACUUGUUUCGCUUUGUACUACUCCACUCAACCUCUGCACCUUCUAUUAAUUGUAUUAGUAAGACUGCUUGCCUCUGUCGAUCAGUGGAAGGGUUUACAUUG